AUUUAAUACCCCCGUCUCCACUCCUCUUCUUCCCCAAGCCCACCACUGCACAGUACACACUGCUCUCUCCCUCUCUCUCUCACCAAUGCGAGGACCUCACGAGGCGUGCUAGCUCUGAACCCAUGGCUGCCGCGGCCUGGAAUCCUAGGCCUUGCGCCCGUCCCAUCGCUGUCCUCGUUCUCCUCCUCCUCGCCGCCGCGGCACCCGCGGCCUCCGGCGGCGGCGGGGGCGGGUCCGCGGCCGUGAACGGGGACCGCCUCCGCGCGGAGCAGAUCCGGAAGCAGGCCUCGGACGCGGCCGCAUCCGCCGCCGCGCUCGCCGCGGCCUCGCGCCGCCUCCACCUCGACCGCGCGCGGCACCUCCGCCUCCUCUCCUCCCUCCACCGCAACCUAACCGCCACGCUCCGCUCCCUCGCCCUUGCCGCCGUCUCCACCUCAGAGCUCGCCUCCGCCUCCGCGGGCUCCUCCCCUGCCGCUGACGAGGCGCGCCGGCUCGACCUCCAGGCCAAGGACCUGAUCCGCGCCGCGCGAGCCGCCAUCUCCGAGUCCAAGCCGCUCUUCGACCCGCAGCUCAAGAUCCAGCGCCUCAAGGACGCCAUCUUCGCGCAGAACGAGCUUCUCGCGCGCGCCAAGAAGCGCGGUGCCUUCGCCUCCCUCAUCGCCGCCAAAUCCAUCCCCAAGCCGCUCCACUGCCUCGCCGUCCGCCUCACCGCCGAGCGGAUCGCGGCGCCCGAGAAGUACGCGGACCCGGUGCCGCCGCAGCCGGCGCUCGAGGACCCCGCGCUCUUCCACUACGCCAUCUUCUCCGACAAUGUGCUCGCGGCAUCUUGCGUCGUGCGCUCCGCCGUCGCCAACUCGCACGACCCAUCCAAGCACGUCUUCCAUGUUGUCACCGACCGGAUGAACCUUGGCGCCAUGCAGGUGAUAAUACGACGAAUGGACUUAAAAGGUGCACACUAUGAGGUCAAAGCAUUUGAGGAUUACAAAUUUCUGAACUCCUCGUAUGUUCCUGUGCUCCGGCAACUGGAGUCAGCAAACCUCCAGAAAUUCUAUUUUGAGAACAAGCUUGAGAAUGCCACCAAAGAUGCUAGCAAUAUGAAGUUUAGGAAUCCAAAGUAUCUGUCCAUGCUUAAUCACUUGCGAUUCUAUUUGCCGGAGAUGUACCCAAAGCUGCACCGGAUUCUUUUCUUGGAUGAUGAUGUUGUGGUACAGAGGGAUCUUACAGGACUGUGGAAGAUUGACAUGGAUGGGAAGGUGAAUGGAGCAGUAGAAACAUGCUUUGGAUCUUUUCAUCGGUAUGCACAAUAUAUGAACUUCUCACACCCCCUUAUCAAAGCGAGGUUUAAUCCUAAUGCCUGUGGAUGGGCAUACGGCAUGAAUUUCUUUGAUCUUAAUUCUUGGAGGAGGGAGAAGAGUACUGAGCAGUACCAUUACUGGCAGAAUCAGAAUGAGAACCGGACAUUAUGGAAGCUUGGAACGCUGCCCCCAGGCUUAAUCACAUUCUACUCCACCACAAAGCCUCUGGACAAAUCUUGGCAUGUUCUUGGACUUGGGUACAACCCAAGCAUCAGCAUGGAGGAGAUUAGAAAUGCCGCCGUUGUGCAUUUCAACGGCAACAUGAAGCCCUGGCUGGAUAUCGGUAUGAACCGGUUCAGGCACCUUUGGACAAAGUAUGUUGACUAUGACGAUGAGUAUAUUCGGCAUUGCAAUUUUGCACCACCGUAGAAUGGAUCUACGUCUUUGCCAUACUUCAACUGAAACCCAUGUAGUCUGGCAACUAGAACUAGAGACCGCCACGGAAGGAAUUCAUACGCCGUCGCACAUCUUGUGUAGAGAUCCAAGGAGUUUGUCAAGUAAGAAUGAAGGGAUCACAAUUAUUCUAGCUCUGUUGUAUGUCGCCGAUUAAGUUUUGAUGAAAAUAAUGUUUGCCAUGUGGACAUUAUUUGUCAUUCUGUCUGUAAUAAUCUUAUGUCCACAUUAGGGUGUAUGCCCAAAUCAGAUAUGAUGUUCAUAUGGAUCUAAGAACUGCUCAAAGCAUUUAGAAGAGGCUCGUCAAGUCUGAAUACACAAAUAGAUUUAAGUUGCUGCAGUGCCA